UGUAGUUCUACUUGAAUAUGUUAUAUGUAAAAUACUGUACAUCUGUUAGCACUGUCUGACAGUGUUUCCGCAUUCAGAACGUCUAUACAGCAUGACUAUUACUGUACCUUAGUGAAAGCACUGCCUUAUUCGGUUCAGUGCAGGGACCCUGUAAUAGCAUGUAGGUCACAAGCUACGAGAAACUCAAUUAAAAAAAGAAUAAAAUCUAAGCAGCCAUGGUUGUUGUGCUUCUCUUUGCAUAUAUCACAGUGAAUCUGUUCCUUAAAUGUCAAGGUCAAACGAUUCAUCAAGCUAAGGUUUUCACUGAAAGUUCAGAAGUUCCAGAAGGUGGAAGACUGGAGGUUACUUGCAGCACAUUUGGCUUUACAGAAAAGGCAGUCUAUUCAUAUCUGUGUAAAAAUGGUAAAGCUAUUUGUAUGAAAAAAGGGACAACUUCAGACAUCACAUUUAAAAUAGAGAGAAUAGAAAUUAACGAUUCAGCCAACUACAGCUGUGUGUUUUCAGAAGAGCAGUUGGAAAUAACCAAAGUGACAGGAUAUGGUCAUAAUUACAUCUUCAUAAAUGUGAUCGAAUCUUUUAUUUAUACACAGAUAAAUUUACUUAAACCUGAGGUGCCAGUGGGAAGUGAUGCUGAGUUUAACUGUUCAACAUCCAAUCCUUUACCAAAAAUCCAGUCCAAGAACAUGAUUUUGGUUUAUCUCAUCAAAAAUGGAACACCUGUUGAAGUUAAUAUUUGGGACACAGAGAAGAUGAUGACAACAUUCACCCUCAGAGAGGUCGGGAUUGAAGAUGCUGGGACAUACAGUUGUGUUGUAUUGUUAAACGUACUCCCUUACCAUGGAAUGAGACUUCAUCAAAAUAUUAAAGUCAAUCUUGAGAUUACUGUGACAUCUAAUAGCAGCAUUAACAAAGUCAUAACUGUCAUAAGGUACUCUAUCAUAGUUUUGCUCUUCAGUCUGUUUCUGGGAAUCUGGGCACUGAUCCGAAAACGAGGUACCACUUUCUCUAGAUCUACAAACACUGACACAUUUCAUUUUGUUGAAUUGUUCUGUUUAAAUCCUAAAACUAAUUUUCUUUCUGGUAGGAUGCCUUAGAAUCAACAAUAAAAGGUCAGUUUGAAAAGUUAAAAGAAAUUAAUGUAAAUUAGAAAUUUAAAUAUAUCAUAACAU